AUGAACAGUCGUACCAAUGAACUCAUGCCUGAUUUCCAUCGUCAAUCCAGGACGGAACUCACGGGAAAUAGGACAAGACAUCUCAUUACGUUCAAUCCAAAUUCUGCCAAACCGGGAGAAGAAAUUUAUGUGAAUAUUCCAAAAUUGAAACCGGAUUCGGUUUUAGUUCCCGAUAGUAUGGCGUUGAUAUUUGACUUUAAAAAUGCUAACGAGAAAUCCUGGUUUCGCAACAACUUAGGGAAAUUACUACAAAAAAGAUUAGAAAUUCGGCUAGCCGGGGAAAAAAUCUAUGAUAACAGUGGUGAAAGUUUGAUGGAAAUUUAUAAAGAUUUAUGGAUGGAUGAAAAACAACGUGCGGAUAAAAUAGAAGAUGGAAUUGCGACCGAAGCCGUCCGGAAGAAAAUUUCAAAAGACGACGAAGCCAAUGCUGAUGCUGAUGCCACCGCCUUGUUCGGUAUCUUCGGAACGAAACAACGUAUCAAAAUCAAUAAGAUUCUAGGUGAUCAUGGACUGUAUGCUCCGUAUCAUUCUGCCAAUGAUUUACAAUAUGUCAUCACCUUACCACAAGCUUCAGAAAUUAUGAAUACACAGAGUGGGGAAACUGUCGAAGGUUAUACACUGGAAAAUAUUGAAUUAGAAUAUGAAUCUAUUGAAAACAAUAAACUCGCAAGAAAAUCUGAAAACUUAUACGGAGCCGAACGAAAAUUAUCUUUUGAACAUACGACAUUGAUGAAAAAGACCGAAUGGGAUAAAAAUACAACCAUCGUUAAUGAAACUGUCAAUGUUCCACGAACUGUCAAUGUUCCACGUUUCCAAAUAUUGAAAAAGUCAAAGUCACGAUCGAAGGUGUACCCAAUGUCAUUUACAGUCAGGGCAUGA